CAACAACCAUUGUCACUUUAUUGAUAUAAAUUUAUUUCAAUUUUUACACCACUUUCUAUAAAGUUUUAUUUAACCAUGUUUGCUAAAUUAUUAUUUGUGUUCAUUUUCAUCACCUCAUUUGAAUGCAUGAUCAAUGCUUCAGAAUCAAUUGAAGAACUCGAGCAAGAGAUGAGAAGCCUCCCAAUCAAAAAUCCUUUUGAGCUUGCCAAACUCUUGAAUUACGUUCGUAGCAGUGUUGUUGACAGUCAAACAUUUCGGACAAUCAAAAUAGGAAUUACUAACAUAAUUGGAGGAUGUGAAUGUAACAAAAAAUCUACCGAGCGACAGAAACCCAAAUCGGCAGAGAAAAAACCUUUCUAUGUUAGACUUGGGUACAAUCCGAAUAAAAACGUUGAAAUGGCUGAAGGUCAUAUUUUGGUGAAACAAAAGGAUUUACCAUGAGCACUAUGUGAUGAAUGUAACAUGUAAUUUUUGAAAUAUAUUUCAGAGUUUAAUAAAAUUUUUGUAUAUUGAA